AUGUCAAAGUCAAGUUUUGAGAAUUAUUUCUCGUUUCAAAUUUUUUUCAUCUUCUUGAGAGAGUCGUUAGAGAUCAUCAUAAUCGUUUCCAUCUUGUUGACAAUCGUCAAACAAGCCUUAUUCUCGCAUGAUACCACCGCUGAAUCCGAUACAGAGUCUUCAAAAAAUGCUGCCCCGGUUACCAUUCAAGAGGAAGAAGCUUCAGAUUUAUUAUUGAGAGUUAAUGACUCCGAUUCUCCAAAUCUAGGUCUAGAAGUUGAUAACCAGCAGUUAUAUAAAAAACUAAAACUUCAAAUCAUUUCUGGAGGUUUGUUAGGCCUUUUGGCAUGUAUGUUUAUUGGUGGUGGAUUUAUUGUGGCAUUUUAUUAUGUUGGCACGGAUUUGUGGUCUAUGAGUGAACAUUAUUAUGAAGGUGUUUUAAGCGUUAUUGCGUCUGUCAUCAUUUCAGUUAUGGGAUUGUUCUUCUUAAGAAUGGGUAAACUUAGAGAGAAGUUCAGAGUUAAAUUGGCAUCCAUCAUUUACUCAGACAAAUUACUUCCGAUGGAAAAUGGCGAAAGCAAAGCUAAAAGUUUCAGCGAGAAAUACUCAUUAUUCAUCCUACCAUUUGUUACUUCUUUGAGAGAAGGGCUAGAGGCUGUCGUCUUCAUUGGUGGUAUCGGUAUCGAUAGUCCAUUAACCUCUAUUCCACUAUCGAUGCUUUCUGCUACGGCGAUCUCGGCAAUUUUCGGUGUAUUCUUCUUCAAAUACUCAAAGUCGUUUUCAUUGCAAAUUUGCCUUGUGGUAACAACAUGUUUCCUAUAUCUUAUUGCCGGCGGAUUAUUCUCCAAGGGUGUAUGGCAGUUUGAACUUCAGAAGUAUGUUGAUGCUUGUAACGGUCAAGAUAUGAGCGAAGUUGGAAACGGUCCAGGUUCUUAUGAUAUCUCGCGUUCGGUAUGGCAUGUUAACUGUUGUAACGGUGAAAGGGAUGGAUUUUGGAUGAUUUUGACCGCCAUUUUUGGAUGGACUAACUCAGCUACCUAUGGUUCAGUUAGCAGUUAUAUUAUGUACUGGUUAAUUGUUAUCGCUGUUAUAAAGCUAAUGAUGCUCGAAGAGAAACAUGGAUAUAUUCCAUUUUUGCCUGUCAGUCUACAAAGAAGGAGAAUGAACAAAAGAUUAUCUAUUAUUGAAAAGUCUCUUGCACUCAAAUCUCAAUCAUCCACGAGUGGCUGGAACUCAUCUUCCACUACCAAAAACUUGCCUGAUAUUCCGAGAGCUUCAUCGGAUACUCACAAUAGCUCUAGCCUCCUGUUAGAUUCUAAUUCGCCUGCUCAAGGUUAUCAGUGA